AUGUGGGACGCCAGCUUUUGGUGUUUUCUGAUUCUGGCUGCGAAAGCCCAAGAUCCAGAGAAACUGCUUCCCGACUAUGACUGCAUACGGCCCAGCAGGGAGGCCCCGCUACUUGAUUGGGCUGAGUGGUUGCAGGCUCUACAAAGGCCACGAGGUGAAGGAUGGCUCGCUGUCUCAAGCCUUCCUCUGUCCCUCUUAACUGAUGAAAGCAACCGACAGCGUGCGAUAAAGGAAUGUCCCCUUGGACUCUUGAUGGCGGACAUCCUUCAGAUGCUUGCAUGUUUCGACAAGCUCCAUGCCUGCUCUGACACAUUUGAGCGUUUGGUCCGGGAUGGCAUGGCCUUCUUCGGUCUCCGAGUGCUCAUGGGCACGCGCUGGCCAAUUUACGAGUCUUUGCACUCUGAUGUUUGGGAUAGGAUAGCAGAGGAAGACAGGGGGGAGACAGACUUGGCUUGCGAGGACCCUGAGAAGCGCAUCUUGAACUGGGGUGCGUUUAAGCGACUGUUCACCCUGCAAGACUGGUAUCAGCCGGCCGUGGAUGUCGCAUACGGGCCCGAGUUGGAGAAGAUGUGGAGGGAAGCUGCUUUGGAGUGUCCUCUGGGUUUUGCAACCGCGAAUCUUAUCAAGGCCAUGCUGUGCUCACACACGGAGUCCAUCUGCUUCCGGGCCCACGAGACCAUGUUAGGCGCAGUCCUACAAGACAUCCCACUGCAGCGAGUGGCUGCGAGCGGAUGGCCACUCUUGCAUCUCCUGGGCCACGUGUCUCGAGUCGUGAGGCGGCACAGAUUUCAACUGGACUUCGCGCCGAACGAGUUACUCUCGAGGCCCAGCCCAACAUACCCACGCGAAGACCUAGAGGCAGAAGCCUCCUUGUCGAUGCAAGACCUUCAGGCUCUCACGGCCUUGGUGCUUCGUGAUUCUGCAGACGACGCUGCUGCCAGGUUUGGCUACAAGACUAGCAUACGGCUGCGCCUAAUCUAUGCGACCAUGGCCCAUGGGCCACGUUUCAGUCCGUACGUCAGCCGCUUCAUCGGGCGGGCCACAGCCCUUGGGAUCGGGGCCCAGCUGGUGGUGUUCUGUCUGGACGAAGAGGCGUUGGCUGAAUGCCGAAAUGUGAAGGGUAACUGCGUUCGCGGAACGCCUUCGAUACUGAACAAGUUCACCUUGCCUUUAGUGUUGUUGCAACACGACUUUGAUGUCAUGUGGUUGGAUCUGGACGUUUUCCUGUUCCAGUCACCGACGCUGCCUUUAAUCCGGCAACUGCGGGAGAACAGUGAGCUUGAGUUGCUGAUCUCCGGCUCGUUUGCUGUGGAUUGCAUUUGUAGUGGCCGCUUGACUGAAAGUUCUUUGUCUGGCACCCACGGGCGGGUGACGCAGUAUCGGUAUUGUUUUGUUCCGUGCAGUGGAGUCCGUACGAUCCUGGAAGCUAGUCUGCAAAUAGUGCCCACGCCGGGGGGGGCCUUGAUGCAGCAUGCUGAAGACGUUGUGCAAAUCACCAAGGUCUGGAUGUACGAGCAUCCCUAUGAGCACGACCAGAAAGCUUUCAGUGCCUUUUUACGUGCUGGGGAGCGAGUGGCGUUCGAAAGCGAGUUGCCGGUUGCCCCAGAGCGAGUGCCCAGAUGGGACUUCCUCGACCCAGAGACAGAGUUUGUCUCCGCUCGACACGUGGACGUGGCUGGCUGGACAGGCGAUGCAGACAAGAUCAUUGCUUUCCACCUUCUCCAUGGAGACAGCGAUGAUGCGGAUGCUAGUCGACAGUUUGCAGCUCGGCACGGCCUCGGCAUAGGCUAUGAGCCUCUGCUGGAUCUGUUUUUCAAUCGCACCGACUUUCCGGAGUUGUACAAGACUCCAGUUCUGCCUCAUCGCUUAUCGUCUGAGCUGCGAGAUGCGCUCUGGAGGUCGAGGUGGCCAACUCCCAGGCCGAAUUCGCCUGCAAGGUGCAACGAAACUGUUCCCAUGAGAUUCUGA